AUGGGACCCCAGCGCACUCGUCAGAAAUCAAAGAGACCAAGUCUAUGGAGACAAAAGUCCCGUGACGACUCAGACUCUGAGGGCACACCGCGACGCCACAGAUUCCCAAAGGAGCUUUACACGUACACCGCUUUGCCCGCAAAGACGGCCAUCAGAAUUCUCACGCUUUUGCCGGGCAGAGGACGAGCCCAGAUCAGUUGCCUGCUGUCAGUGGUAGAGCUUGACCGUGCUCCUCCAUACAACGCUCUGUCGUAUGCAUGGGGUCACAAGAGGGACACGAGAUUGAUCAUCUGUCAAGGCAAGAGACUCGAGGUCCCGGCCAACCUUCGCAAUGCGCUGGAACGGAUCCGACAACAGACCGACACAGCCCAAGUCCUCUGGGCAGAUGCCGUGUGUAUCGAUCAGAAGAAUCAUGCUGAGCGGGGAAUCCAGGUCAUGCACAUGCCGCGGAUCUAUUCGAACGCACGGCGCGUUCUCGUCUGGCUCGGCGAGGGCUUCACCGAGAAUCUGAGGUUGUGGGACUUCCCAGAUGACGACUGCGAGGCGACAGAGAUGCUGGAGAGACUGAAUGCAGAGUUUGAGUCGCUGGUUGGUCAGGAAAACGCAGGUGCUGGGGUACGUUCUGUCUCCUCCCUGGCUCCAUCAGACAGUUAUCUUGACGACAGAACUGAGGUUUGGGCGGGGUUGCUGAAACUACUCAGCCAGCCUUGGUUCAACCGCCUCUGGGUCCUACAAGAAGUUGGUUUUGCACAGAAUGUGGUGGUUCUAUUUGGAGAUGCGAGGAUGGAUUUCGACCGGUUGAUGAAGAUCGCUCUUCGCAUUCCAGAGGACAUCAAAGAUCAUUUCGGUCUGGCAGGCUUCACCGCGAACGUCUUCUCGGUCUUUCCUGGCAGAGGCCAGAUACUCUACCCAGACUAUAGAAACGUCGACUUUCUUGAAGUCAUGGUCAUCACCCGAGCACAGCAGGCAUCUGAUCCCCGGGAUUUCGUCUUCGCUCUGCUAGGUCAUCCGACCGCGUCAAUCAAUGGGUCCCUCAUUGUGCAACCAGACUACACCAGAACUGCGGAAGCUGUUUUCUCCGAGCUCGCCAUCAAGUUGAUUCAGAAUAACCGCAGCUGUCGCAUUCUCUCCGCUGUGUGUCACAUUGAUGAGCAUUAUCUAGAGAACACAACAUACCCUUCGUGGGCACCACGGUGGGACCGCGAGGCCUCUAGCAGCAUUCUCGGCGCGGACGGGGACCUGCAGACGUUCUGCGACCCGAAGAACGAUUCCUCGACAUUCUGGUACCAGAUAACACCAUCCACGGAGGUGGUACGACUGCGGGGAUUCACAUUCGAUGUAGUCAAUAAGUCAAGCAUGGUCGUGAACGUCGACCAGAAGCGCUAUCUCUUCCAGAAAGAGAUCGACGCCGAACUGAUGCGCACCAUCAUGCAGUUCGAUAAGCUACAAGAUCGCUACAAGGAUGUCAACACGAGGCUAUCGGUGAUAGCGCACACCUGCGUGGCGAUCGACGCAUUCCCCACGAAACCCUGGGCCAGGGACACAUCUACAGACAGUGUCGCAGACUUUGCAGCGUUUCGCCUCCGGCUGCUUAAGCAGAACUCUCAGGAGGGAGAUGCGCUGCUGUGCCGUGAAUUGUCGCCAGAGGGGUUCGACGCCCUCCGUGAGAGCGCGCGCCUCGGGAAUGCCGAUCGGUUCUACGCCUCGGCCAUAGCAACCUGCGGCUACAGAAGGUUCUUUGCGACCGACUCUGGCUUACUCGGAGUGGGUCCGCGUGUCUUGCGCAAGGGUGACAUCUGCUGCAUUCUCUAUGGCGGGUCUGUCCCAUACAUCUUACGCCGUGUCGGGGAUCGAUACAGGUUAGUGGGCGAGGCUUAUAUACAUGAGGCCACACACUAUAUAGACGUUGCGAGUCUCAUCCUGUCUCAGAGAUACAGGGACCAGGUCUUUGACAUAUACUGA